UCCAAAAAGAUAAAACACGAAAGCAGAGCGGCGGAGGAAAGCCUGUAUCAGUUGCGUAUACGUUACGUACGCGCUAUAACACACAUGUAUUAUUCAUGUUGUUAAAUAAAAUUAACAUAUUUUUUAUAAAAUUAUUUAUGCUUAAAUAACGUUGCAUUUGAAGCAAUAUUGACAACUUCAAUAUACGAAGCUAUCGACAUGACCGCUGAUGAAGUGCGCUGAGUGCACGACUGUGUCUGUGUCGGUUGUGUUUUGAUCGGAAAAUCGUCGGGAAAAAACAUUUUUUUAGCAGUCUUUUACGAACAAUCUUCGCCUUGUUAUCGUUGAUAUUCGGCUCCACAGAUAGUCGUCCGCAAGCAGGCCUCGCCUUUUUAGCUUCCUGUGGUCGCAUUGAUCGAGCGGAGCCGAUGGCGUCAUCUUGGCGGUACAUCUGAUCGCGAUAUGAAAGGUGAAAUUGCUUCCGUACGCGUAUGGGAGCUCUUGGGCACCAUCUGAGCCCCUCUGACGCUUCAAGUCGGUCCCGAAAAGACGUCCGAAUGUAGUCUGAUUCGCCUCGUGCAACCCACACGGGCGCCUGUUUUCGCACGAGGCUCAAUUUCCGUGAACUUGUCCAAAUUGCUUGCGGAGUGCGACGCCGUCGAAAGCCAGGAGAAGCUUGCUAGCUCGUUAACAAGCGAGCUCGUCAUAUCAUCGAGACAACUCACAGAGACAAAGCAACAUGGCCAGCGGUGGCAUAUCGAGAUCGGGUCGUGUACGCAAGAAGUCGGCCAAGUUGAUGGAAAUGGAAGAUUGGGAUGCGUUCGACUUGAACGAUGCGCCAGCCAAGGGCAAGAAGAGGCCGAGAUCAGACGAAAUGCCCGAGUUUGAGACGCCGGAAAAGAAAGUGGCUCCGUUGAAGAUCCCCAAAGCUACCAAAGUGCCCGCGAUCAGCCCCGUCAAGAGGCGCGUCAUGGACGACAUGAUUCACCUCAAGAACCUGCAGAACAUCCAGGAAUCCGGGUAUCUCAACGUUCCCGCUGCGCCCAAGACGGUGCAAGUGCCGCAGCACCAGCCCAUGUACCCGUCGUCUGCUGUCGUCGACGAUUCGUCCAGCUCGUCGUCAGAGUCUAGCGAGUCGAGCUCGGAAGACGACUCGGACUCAGACGACUCAAUGGAGUACGGACGCCCGAUGCAGCACUUGCAGCUUCAGCAGAAGGCGAAGAAACCUGCCUUCCAGAUGAUACCACAGGCCAAAGCCCCACCGGCUUCGGCUAUGGACUUCGAGGCGGCUAGCCAGCAUGCUCGACAGCGGGGACUGCAUCACCUUGAUCCCAGCAGCGACAUGAUCGACGUCGAGGAGAGCGACGACGACGACGAUGAUGACGAUGACGACGACGACGACACUCGCGAUUCUCACCUGGUGAUUGCGGAGGAGGAACGCCGGCCGCCGCCGCCACCCCCGAAAAGGGGCGGUGGCCACGGAGGUCACGGCGGCCACGGUGCGGCGCCCGCGAGGAGCAAAGCGCCGGCGGCACCGAGAGCACCGAAGCUGUCACCGGCGCAGAGGGCCAAGAAGAUGAGCACCAACGACGACCCCGAGUACGAGGAACCCGUCCCGAAAAAGGCGGCCAAGAAAACGCCAGCUCCCAAGGCUCCACCCAAGCCCAAGCCACCUCCAAAGGAGAAGGCCAAGACAAGGCCCAUGACUGCCUACAUGCUCUGGUGCCAGGAGAACCGUCGCCGAAUCGUGUCCGACAACCCGGGCAUGGACUUUGCAACGAUCAGCAAGAAGCUGGGCGAGACCUGGCAGAUGCUUCCGGACAAAGAUAAAAUUGCCUGGCGCCGCAAGGCCAAGGUGCCCACCAGCAAGGGCUCGACGCUCAUCAGCACGGGACGGCCUGGAACGACAAGCGCGUCUGCCGGGGCGCCGACCGGGGCGUCGUCGACUCCGGCAGCUGCCUCCCACGGCGGGAGAGGCGUGGGGGGCGCCGCGACAACCGCGGCCAAGAGCGCGGCCGCAGCUGCGGCUCACGACGACGCCCGUGCCAUUGCAGCGGCGGGGGCUGACGGCCCCAAGUCCCUGGGCAUCGGGCCCGUCGACGUGGCUGCCCACCUCAAGCUUCUCGGCGAGUCGCUCAGCACGAUCGGUCAGCGUUUGACGGAACACGAGGGCCAGAUCGCGGUUUCGGGGAGCCUCUCCGUGCUGCUGGACUCGACGCUGUGCGCCCUGGGUCCGCUGCUGUGCCUCACCUCGCUCGGCAAGGAGAUGAACGGCUGUUCCAAGGAGACCCUCACCAAAAUACUCAACAACAUCGCCUACGUCAUGCCCGGCCUCUGAUUGGCAGACGGCCCGCCGUCGUGUACGCGCACCUUUGUGUCCCGCUUCCGAUUGGGCCAAACGUCCCUUUGUCACCGCAUCGUGCAGCUCUGUUCGCUGCUUUUAAUUGGUUGGAUGGAUUCCGGUUCCUCGCUCGUACUCUUUUUAUUAGCCGAUCAAAUUCUAGUGGAAAACAAAACACGGGUGAUUUCUGAUUGGCGGUUACGUUCUGAAGGAGGGGCCUGCACAGUUUUUCUAUUGGUCAUGUUAAUUCUAGAAGUGUGGGCAUUGCAGUUUGCUUCCUAUCAGCUUCGUUGCUGCUGGCCUUGAAUGACUUGCAGUUUCUGGCGCCUCCGAUUCGCUUAUCGUGACAGUGAGUUAUGCCAAUUGGUUCGCUGCAAUAUAUCUUUUUUUUCGUUGCGAGUUCUGUACAUACCAUAGCUGUGAGAGGACAGACGUGCAAAGUAUCAUCGGGUAUUGAAUUUGAAAUGAAAUAUAAUAGCUAUUCAUUAGGCACUACACUUCCAAUCCUGCCUGUGAUGCAGUUAGAUCCAACCAUUCUUUCAUGGCAAACUUUAGACAUGGAGGAUCUGCCGAUUUUUUGCUUUUACCUUUUCUUAUUUGAUGCACAAGAGAGAGAUUCAGUUUGUCUCAAUGGAUUUUUUAGAAUUGUUGAAUUGAUUCUAGAGUUCAAGUUUAGGUAGGCUGCGAUCCUGCCUGUAAUAAGUAAUAAGAGUUCCAACGGCACUUGAUGAAGCUAACAAAAAUAAAUCCUGGUCCAAGUCUCCAGAAGCAAUUUUCAGAGGAAUCGGUUCUACCAUGUAACGUUCAUCCCAACAUUCAUCUGUCAACAUCUUUCAUAACAUAAAGCAACCGAAUGACAUCCUUUGUUUGAGGAAAAUAAACAAGAAAAACAACAA